UCGUCAAAUCGUUCGAAUAUAAAUCUGGAAGCAUAUUUGAGACGAAUGUCUGAAGAUGUCUCGCCUGCGCUCAGAACUGAGAUGCCACACUUGAUAGCAAAUGAAGCGGCUGCGAAGUUUGCAGCUAGAGAACGAGCUGCUACAGCACCGAAGUCUAGUCCGAGGUCCGAGGGAUUGUCGGGAUUCCCAAGGAGGGUUGCACAGCAUGACGGGUCAGUAUUGGAUGCGCGAGGUGGCAGUGAGGCGCCAAGGCUAAUGGAGAGAUGUUUUGGUGAUGUUCGAUCGGCGGCAGUAGACCGGGGUAGUGAACCGGCCCUGAUGAAGACCGAUCAACCGGAUGUGGUGGCAUCGGCACGACAUUCCGUACGAGCACAAAGUGAAAUGCAUAAACUACGCGAACGCGAGAACUCGUCCCCACCUUUAGAAGAACUGGCAGCGGCAGCGAUGAAAGCCUCGCAGUUCGACUAA